AUGACAAGAUCACCCGAACAUACUAUGAUUUCACCCAGAAGCGAGGUCGACCAGGAGAAAGUGUCUGUGGUCUCAUCGAAAUAUGAAGAAGCACCAGAUGGUGGUAGAGCGUGGCUCGUCGCCGCAGGGGGCGCUUCACUCUUCUUCUGUUGUCUCGGCUUCGCGAAUUCGUUCGGUACUUUCGAGGAAUACUACUUGUCCCAUCAACUUCGCGGACAAACGCCAGACAAUAUUGCCUGGAUAGGAUCGCUAGCAGCAUUCCUUCAAUUUGCAACGGGUGCAUGCUCAGGCCCAUUAUUCGAUCGUUACGGCGCAUGGAUUAUCCGGCCAGCUGCAGUAGCCUAUGUUUUCGCCAUGAUGAUGCUUAGUCUUUGCAAGACGUACUGGCAAAUCAUGCUCGUGCAAGGUGUAUUGAUGGGCGUAGUCACGGGCUUCCUUCAGUUCCCAGCAUUUCCAGCAGUAUCGCAAUGGUUUGACAAAAGGCGAGCAGCCGCUCUAGGCAUUGCUGCGGCUGGUUCGUCUGUUGGCGGCAUUGCGAUUCCCAUUGCAUUGUCCAAAAUGCUGAACGGCUCUUCUUUGGGAUUCGGAUGGUCGGUGCGAAUCAUCGGUUUCCUCAUAAUGCCCAUCAUGGCAUUCGCGUGCCUCACCGUCAAUCGCCGUCUGCCGCCAAGUACAUCCCCCUUCUGGAUUCCAUCAGCAUUGAAGGAGGCAAAAUUCGCCCUUCUGAUAGUCUCAUUGUUCUUCAUGUUCAUUGGCAUGUUCUUUCCCCUGUUCUACAUCCCUUCAUAUGCAGUAUCCAGAAGCAUGAGUGCAACCCUUUCUGGAUAUUUGCUGGCGAUUCUGAACGCGGCAUCCACAUUUGGCCGUGUCAUCCCAGGCAUAUUAGCAGACAAAUUUGGACGACUGAAUGCGUUCAUGGUCGGUGGUAUAACCACGGCAAUCGUGAUAUUCUGUUUCAAUUUGGCUACCACCAACGCAGGCUUGAUCGUGUAUUCGGCUGUCAUUGGCUUUACUUCGGGUACCAUCAUCUCAGGAGCUUCAGCGGCCUUUACCCUCUGUCCUAAGGACCCCCGGGACAUGGGAACUUACAUGGGAAUGGGCAUAGCCUUGAGCUCUUUCGCAACUUUGAUCGGACCCCCAGUGAAUGGGGCACUCGUCAAACACUAUGGAGGGUACUCGGAGGCAAGCAUAUUCAGUGGUGUCAUGUGUUUUACUGGUGGGUUCUUUGCUUUAGCGACCAAGGCUAUGACCCCUCAGGGUAUUUUUGGACGAACGUGA